AUGGAGGCCUCCUCACUCUCGCGAGAGCUUGAGACUGAAGCACGGACGAGCCUUUCGGGCGGCGCCAUUUUGUUUUCCCUGCCCGAGGUGGGACCGACGGACCUGGUGUGACCGAGCUCCCAAGAUUUACCAGCCGAAGCCUAGGCGCAAAAAGCAAACGUGUAGCGUUAAAGCAGAGGACAGACCUUGAGCAGCAGAGGGACUGUUUUCCGCUACUGGAACUGAAUUCGGUUCACACAGUCCUUUCACACGCUCCAGGUAUGUUUCUGACCAUAGCACGGCUUCGAAACAGCAUUCCUGGGAGUCAGUGGAUUGGUAAACACAGACGGCCGAGGUUCGUUACAGAGGUAAUGAAACAGGGUAUCAUUAAGAGGCUGGAAAGGGAAGCUGAAAAUGAAUAUUGGCUGAGCCGGCCAUACAUGACAAAAGACCAGGAGUAUCGCCACAACGUAGAACGCAGAAAUUUAUAUCGGAAAAAAACAAUGGAUGAAAAAAGAGCUAAGUUUCCAGAGCACAAGUUUGCUACAGAACAUCUGGGUCACCUUAAUGUGACCAAGAAAUGGACAGAAGCUUGAAAAACUUUAGUUGGCGUUCAGCUGCUUGCAAUUGCUGACAGUGGCAACCACCAGUUAUGUAAGAAGGCCUGUAAAUAAAUGUAUUACUCUUCA